AUGCCAUCCUCUCCAAAGAAUAGUGAACCAUCCCUUAUCCCUCCUCGAGGCAAUACGAUCUCUCCUUCUCCCGCUUCAGCAAUAUCAACUUCACCAGCCAUAGCCAGAUCCCUCGCUCGUCAAUCCGGUGCCGCCAGUCCUUCUUCGGCCGGUGCUGGAGGUGGCAGUGGACCAUCCAUACCUAAUAUUCCACCUCGAUCUGGAUCAAUCUCUUCCCAAGUUAGACCCAACUUAUCGGCCUCUUUCAAAUCGCCUGUUGGAGGUCUGACUCCCCCGAUAGCAAGAUCCGGAUCACCAGCUCAAGGAAAGGAACUUCAACCUAAACCUUCUAGUGAUAACUUGCUGGGUAGGAAGACAUCGGUCUCGUCUGGUAAUACAAAUCAGAAUAAAUCAGCUUUGACCACCUCACUCAAUUCACCUUCCCUCUCUCGUCAGAGUUCAUCAGACAAUAUCCCUCGCCCGACUACUCUUUCGAGAGAUAAUUCCGGUACUUCGACACCUAGGAAAAGCAAAGAAGUAGAGAAUGACGGUGGAGCAGGAGACUCAAACUUUUCGAACCUGGCUGAUAUUCCUGAUGAAGAAAAGGCUAAAGUCCUAAGAAGACAUCUGGUUUCUGCCGAAGAGAGAGAACAAUCAAAGACUGCUACGCCCAAUGAAGGUGGGGUGGGAGGUACUACUCCAACCAAGGAGGAAGGUCCCGGAAGUGGGAGUGCAAGUGUCAAUGCGAGUGGGGUGGAAAGAGCUGCCGAGAGUGGAGUGACGUCAGGUUAUGGAAGUACAGAGGAUAAUGAGCAGUUUCCUAUUCCUUAUGAUGCAGUUGGAGGUGAUGUGACACACGACCUGUACAAAUGGCAACAUUCUCACCGACCAGACCAACCCGUCAGAUCAGCUUCUUUCUCGCAUAUCCCCUUGGACCGAUCGGCGAUUUUGGAUCCUACUCUGGCACACAUCAAAGAGCCUGGAGGCUUUAGACGGAAUUUCGUGUCGACUAGAGCUGCCGAACAAGGUCUGGAGGCACCCAAUAUGGUUAGGAAUGUAGUGGAUUUCUUGUUCCUCUAUGGUCAUUUCGCUGGUGAAGACCUCAACGAAGACGACGAUCUCGACGAAGACGAGAUGGAAGAAGAAGAUGAAGAGUCAUAUCCUGCCAUAGGUUCUAGCUCCGGUCGACCAUACAAUCGAAGACCAUUCACCGCUGAGGCCGAUGGUGAUACUGGAUUACCUAUCGCUAGAGGUGAAAGGGCUCCGCUUUUGGGCAGUACGAAGAGAGGGAUGAGUAUGACUCGUCAUAGACGAACGAAGAGUGGGGCCGCGAGUGGGGGUACGGCGACUACAACUCAAGCUUUGUUGAUGUUGUUGAAAGGUUUCGUCGGUACUGGGAUCCUGUUCAUGGGCAAAGCAUUCUUCAAUGGAGGUAUUCUAUUCUCCACCAUUGUGAUGCUUGCCAUAGCGGGUAUCUCGCUUUGGUCAUUCUUACUUCUUGUGGAAGCUUAUAUGCAUGUCCCAGGAAGUUUUGGAGAUAUCGGAGGAGCAUUGUAUGGCAAGUAUAUGAGGUUCGCCAUUCUGAUCAGUAUUGCCGUGUCGCAAAUCGGCUUUGUAGCCGCAUAUACCAUUUUCAUCGCUGAAAACCUCCAGGCCUUCUUCAUGGCCGUAACGGACUGUAAAACCUACAUUCCCGUCAAGUGGUUGAUCCUAGGUCAACUGCUCAUCUUCUUGCCCCUCGCGAUGAUCAGGAAUUUGGCGAAAUUGAGUGGUACAGCUCUAAUUGCUGAUGCCUUUAUCCUGAUUGGACUCAUCUAUAUCGGUUUCAACGAAGGUUCCGUUCUUUCCAAAUACGGUGUAGCAGAUGUGAAACUAUUCAACGAGAAUUCCUUCCCUCUACUUAUCGGUACUGCGGUGUUUGCUUUUGAGGGUAUCGGACUAGUCAUCCCCAUCACCGAGUCGAUGAGAGAACCCGAAAAGUUCCCUCGAUUGUUGUCUAUCGUCAUGUUCAUUGUCGCCGUCUUGUUCGCCGGCGCGGGAGUAUCGUCCUACGCUGCAUACGGAAGUGAUAUACAGACUGUCGUGAUUGUCAAUCUACCUCAAGAAGACAAAUUUGUACAGGCUGUACAGUUCUUAUACUCUGUCGCCAUCCUCUUAUCAAUCCCGUUGCAGCUUUUCCCCGCUGUACGAAUCAUGGAAAAUGGUAUUUUCUCUCGAUCAGGCAAACAUAAUUCUUCGGUUAAAUGGCAGAAGAAUAUCUUCAGAAGUGUGGUUGUGGUGUUUACGAGUCUGCUCAGUUGGGCGGGAUCAAGCGAGUUGGAUAAGUUUGUCAGUCUGAUUGGUAGUUUUGCGUGUAUUCCACUAUGUUUCAUCUAUCCACCGAUGUUGCAUCUCAAAGCAUGUGCCAAAACGCGUAAAGCGAUCGUGUUGGAUUACCUCCUGAUUGUAUUCGGUACGAUCGUAGGUGCUUAUACGACUGUACAAACGAUCCGAAGUCUUUUUGAACCUGGAGGUGAUAAACCCAAGUUUGGGAAGUGCGAGGUGCCCAAUGGGAUGUAG